AUGUCUUGUCGUCGUAACACUAAUCAUCAUCAGUUACAUGUCAUUCAAGAUUCCUUUCCGACACCAUCGGCAUCUGUUUAUGGAUUGUUUUUUCGUGAUCAAAUGUAUGAGUUAAGACGCAAAAAAUGUACUUGUGAGCUUUAUGGUGUCAAACUUCUCGGCUCGACUAACUCAGUAUGCAGCCACCGUUAUAAGGAUGGAGGGCACCUAGUACGACGUAUAACGAUAUCCAUUAUGAGGGCUUCAGGAGAAAGCUUUUGGAAAGAAAAUUUCCAAGAACAUGAUUACUGA